AAGACAGAAAGAGAAGAGUCUGUGUAUAAGAGAAUUCAUUCUUAAUCUCAAUCGGAAUCACAGAUACCACAAGAUUUCGAACAUGGCGGAAGAGGGACAGGUUAUCGGCAUCCACACGGUGGAGACGUGGAACGAGAAGCUGCAGGAGGGAAAAGAUUCCCAGAAACUGGUUGUGGUGGAUUUUACUGCUUCCUGGUGUGGUCCAUGCCGUUUUAUUGCUCCAAUUCUGGCAGAAAUGGCUAAGCGUAUACCUCAAGUGAUUUUCCUCAAGGUGGAUGUGGAUGAACUGAGGUCUGUUGCUGAGGAAUGGUCCAUUGAGGCUAUGCCAACCUUCCUCUUUUUGAAAGAUGGGAAGCUGGUGGACAAGGUUGUGGGUGCUAGUAAGGACCUGCUGCAAGUGACCAUAGACAAGCAUGCUUCUGUUGCUGCUGCUUGAAGUAUCAUCAUAUGAAGAAGAUCAAGAAUAAUGCAUUAUUUUAAUAUUUUUCUAGUUAGUUUGCAUGUUUUCUCCAUGGCUAUGUAGUUUGCAGAACAUGAAUGAUGUGUGAAAAUAAAUUGUUGAAUUGUCCCUAUUACUAGUUAUAUAUGUUUUGAAAAUUAUAUUUAA